AUGGCUAGACUUCUCAAAGAGCUUGAAACACUUGAAGUUUCUGAAUGUGAUUCUUUGGAGGACAUUGUUGAUGUAGAAAGGCAAGAGAAUAUUGGCAAUGAUGCAGAAGGAAGAUUUCAUAAUCUUAGCAUAUUAGAGGUCAAUGAUUGUAAGUCAAUGGAAGAGAUAUUCGACUUGCAGUUUACACCUCAAGCACCUUUGAACUUUAAAGGUCCACAACAUGUAGUUGUCACUGGUUGCCCAAGGCGAGAAUAUCUGUUUCCACUUUCUAUUGCCAAUGAUCUAAUGAAACUGGAGACCAUUCAGAUAAGGCGUUGUGAUGGGAUGAAGGAAAUUGUAGCCAGGAGUUAUGCAUCAGAUGGAAGCAACUUCAUGUUUAAGUUUCCUAAGCUAACCACACUUCUAUUGUUAAAUCUACCAGAGCUAAGGCGCUUCUAUCAGGGAACACAUACUAUAGAGUUUCAAGUAUUGACUUGUUUGUUAUUUGGUCGUUGUGACAAGCUGGAAACAUUGGGUGCUGGAACAAAAUGCUCUGAAGUGAAACCGUUUCUCUCAUCUUUAGUAAAGGUGAUAUCCAACUUGGAAACAGUAGCCAUAUUUGGGCUGAAGGAAAUAAAGAGGUUGCGGGACACCAUCAUUGGCAAUAAUGUUAAUCUGAUGCUUUCAAUGAAAGACCUAACUUUUGAUGGAUUAAGCAGCAUUGAAAUUCUCUUUUGGUUUCUCCAUAGAUGUCCUAAUCUAGAAAGCCUAAAUUUGAGGAAUUCUACCAAAGAGGUGAUGCCUAAAGGAGGUCAUGUUUCCCUCGAGGAAAUUGGAACUGUUGUACAACCUAAAAACAUGACUGUAGAGUUCUCAGAUAUUCCAUUGAAUAUAGGCUUUGAAAAUGGCGCCAUUCUUCAAAGAGUUGAGAAUCUAUGCAUUGUGGAAUGCUACUACUCGACAAAAUUAAUUCCAUCCUCCCUAGAAUUGACUUACUUGUCAUAUCUUGAAGUCAGCAAGUGUGACGGAUUAAGGAGUUUAUUGACUUCAUCAACUGCAAAAUCCCUGGUUCGACUUACUACCAUGAAGGUUGCUCAAUGUGCAAUGAUGGAGGAAAUUGUCACAGUGGAGGAGAAUGAAGGAGAGAAACAAGAUGAGGUUGUUUUUUGCAAAUUGAAAAGUUUAGAACUUGUGUCUUUGAGAAACCUUACAAGUUUUUCUAACUCCCAGAGUAAAGCUGUCUUUACGUUUCCGUCUCUUGAAAGGGUGAAAGUGAGCGAGUGCCUUAAGUUAGAAAAAUUUUCCGAGAAAAUUAGCACACCAAGCUUAGAUAAAGUUGAUAUCUUAGAAGGAGAAGAGGGAAAUAAAUGGUUAUGGGAAGGUGAUUUGAAUGCUACAAUCCAAAAGAUUUUUACACAUGAGGUUCUUUUUGAGUUCUGUCAAAAUUUGAAACUUUCCUAUCAUCCUGAGCUACAACAACUAUGGUACGGUGAAAUUUCCCCACCAGGAAACUGCUUUAACAAUCUAAGAGAAUUGGUAGUGGAGAACUGUUCGUUUCUGUCAACAGCAGUAUUUCCUACUAGAUUACUUCCUUGCUUUGAGAACCUGGAGGAAUUGCAAGUAAGUUCGAGUCCAGUGGAGGUUAUUUUUGAUAUUGAUGGCAGCAGUUUGACAGAAACGAAGGGAAAACCCUUUCAUUUGACAGGAAUGACUUUGAAUGGCUUGCAGAAUUUGAAGUGUAUGUGGAACAAAGAUCCUCAAAGUAUUGUAAGUUUUCCGAAUCUAAAAGAAAUAGUUGUUAAUGAUUGUGCGGGUAUAAAAACUCUUUUCCCAGCAUCUUUGGCAAGAAAUCUGGUGAGAGUCAAGAAAAUUGAAAUAAGGCGAUGUCACGCGUUGGAAGAAAUUGUUGGAAAAGAAGAAGCAGUGGCAGAUGGAGUUAGCAUAAUUGAAUUCCAUUACUUAACCACUUUGACUUUGGCUCAUUUACCAAGCCUCAAGUUCUUCUAUCCUAGAAGAUACAAUCUAAAAUUUCCCAGCUUGGAGAAUCUAUGUGUGUUUGGUUGUGGUAAGUUAGACACAUUCGCAUCAGAUUUUCAAAACCACCAAGGAGCAGUAGAAUGUGAGGAUGUAUCUAACAUUACAACUAGCAGACAAUCUCUUUGCAUCGCUGACAAGUUUAUUCCGAACUUGGAAACUUUGACACUCAAUGGGAAAGACAUGAAGAUGUUAUCACAUGGGCAUUUUCCUGAUGGCCUGCUUCAUAAACUGAAAUUUCUGGAGCUGUGGUUUGGUGAUUCCUAUGAAGCUGGAGCUACUUUGCCUUUUAAAUUCUUUAAAAAGGUACCUAAUUUACAACGUCUUGUGAUAAGUAAUUUCACUGCAUUGGAUGAGAUUGUCCCCACUCAAAGACCUGAAGAUAUUGAUCAUAUCAUCAAUACACUUGCACGAGUAAGAGAAUUAGCAUUAGAUUCGCUGCCUCUGCUCUCCUCCAUUGGGUUAGAUAACUCCUGGGCGGACCCGGUUGCCAAGAAUCUCAUACUCCUGCAAAUAGUUGAUUGUCCUCAACUGACUAUUCUGGUGCCUCCUUCUGCAGUAUCAUUUUGUAGUUUGAAAGAAUUGACAAUAAUGCGGUGCCAUGGCUUUGUUUCUCUAUUCUCAUCUUCAGUAGCCAAGAGUUUGGUUCAACUUCGUAAAAUGGUGAUAGCCGAAUGUGGAUCAAUAACACAAAUAGUGAAUGAUGGGAAUGAUGAAUCAGCUUCAGAUGAGAUGAUAUUUGAAAGUCUUGAAUAUGUAACUUUGAGUCAUUUACCAAGACUAGAGAGUUUUUAUUGGGGGAAUGCCACUUUAGAAUUCUCAACUCUUUUAAUGACGAUCAUAGAACAAUGCCCAAAGAUGAAAUGUUUCUCUCCAGGAUUUGUAAGAGCCAACAACUUUUUUGCAAUAAAUGCUUCAAGGGUCGAAUAUGAUUUGCACAACUACAGGGAUCUCAAUACCACAGUGCAGAAAUUGUUCGAGCUUGCACAAUUUACACGUGGUGUGCAAGAUUUAAAGCUUGGAGAUUACCCUCAGCUUGGAAAUAUAUGGCAUGGCAUAAUGGCUGUUCCUGAAGGAGGCUUUAGUAAGUUGAAGACUCUGAUAGUGGAUGGUUGCCCAUUUUUAUCACAUUAUGUGAUCCCUUUUCAUUUGCUUGGCUUACUGAGUAACUUGGAAGAUUUACAAGUACGAAAUUGUGAUUCCGUAAAGGCAAUAUUUGAGGUGGGAUCCUUGUCUUCCCUUUUCUCAAUUCCCUUGAAAACAUUGACCUUACAGAAACUCCCUGGUUUGGAGAAUGUUUGGAAUAAUGACCCUCAAGAAUUUCUCAGCUUCCAGUCUCUGCAACAUGUGUUAGUUGAUGGAUGUAGAAGCCUCAGGAGCUUGUUUCCAGCAUCAAUGUCACGACGCAAACUUGAAAGCCUUGAGAUACUACGAGUGCAAAUUUGUGAGGGAUUAGUGGAAAUCGUCGCAAAUUAUGAAACAGUGCCAAGAGGAGCAACUUCAAACUCAAUUAUGUUUCCAAACUUAACCACGUUGCAACUAUGGGUUUUGCCACAGCUUAAGUGCAUUUGUCCAGGACUAGAUGAUCUGGAAUGGCCAAAGUUGAAGCUAUUUCAUUUAUACCAUUGUGAUCAAUUGAUAAUCCUUCCAACAAAAGGUCUCGGUCAUGUUCCAGUUGACAUGGAAACCAUUGUCUCGUUUGAAAAGGGAUUUCCCAACCUUGAGCAAUUGUCACUGAACAAGGCAGAUAUCAUGAAUAUUAAUUGGAGAGGAAAAUGUCAAGUAAACUUUAUUCAAAGAGUGAAAUCACUCACAUUGCAGUGCUUCCACGAUGAUGCAGAUGAAUUUCCAUGCGAACUGUUCCGGAAGGGAUCAUUUCCCAAUUUAGAAAUACUUCAAGUUUUUUGUUGCAGUUUCAAAGGAAUUUUCAGCUCUCAAAUACUUGAUGUGGAUCUUGAUAAUGACAUGUUUCCGCAUCUCAAAGGACUGGAACUAGUUUGUUUGUGGUAUCUCGAAUCCAUUGGACUAGAGCACUCAUGGGAAGCCCCAAUUCUUGAAAACCUAGAAACCUUGCUAGUAGAGCAAUGUCAUCGUUUGAGGAGCUUGGAACCAUUUGUUGUAUCUUUGUCAAAAUUAAGAGAAUUGCGUGUAUUUGAUUGUGAAGGAUUGGUAUAUUUGUUCACAUUGUCAACUGCAAGGAGUUUAGUUUUACUUGAGGAGUUGUACAUUGUAAGAUGUGAAUCCAUACAAGAAAUAUUGUUUAAAGAAGGAGAUGGAUCUGAUCAAGAUGAUGUAUCAUUCAAGAAGCUCAAAAGAUUGUGGCUUGUGUCUCUUCAAAGGCUUGGUUGCUUUCAUUCUGGGAAUUCUACAUUGAACCUUCCAUGCUUAGAACUUGUCUUUGUCCAUCAAUGCCCCAAAAUGAGAAUUUUCUCUGAUGGAGCUAUAAAUUCGCCUGAGCAUCUACAAGUUUCAACUGGAGUUAUCGAAUUCGUCACAAAUUUUGCUCCCCAGCAAACUGGCAUGAAGUUUCAAUCGAGCCAUCAAUUCACUGGCUUGGAUUUAAAUGUCUCCAUAGGAUUGAUUUUUUCCACACAGCUUGCAAACUUUGCACGUGAUGCAUCAAAUUUGCAGCUUAGUGGUCACCCAGAGCUACAGGAAAUAUGGGAGGGCCUUACCCUGGUCCCAGACGGAGGCUUCAGUAACUUGAAGUAUUUGAAAGUGGAUGGUUGCCAAUUUUUGUCACAUUAUGUGAUCCCUUGUCAUUUGGUUCCCUUCCUAAGGAACUUGGAAGAUUUACAAGUACGAAAUUGUGAUUCCAUAAAGGCAAUAUUUGAGGUGGGAUCCUUGUUCCCCUUCUUUAUUCCCGUAAAAAGAUUGACCUUGCAACAACUCCCCCAUUUGGAGAAUGUUUGGAAUGAGGAUCCUCAGGAAGUUCUCAGCUUCCCAUCUCUACAACAUGUGUAUAUUCAUAAAUGUAGAAGCCUCAGGAGCUUGUUUCCAGCAUCAAUGGCCCAAUGCAAACUUGAAAGCCUUGAAUUUCUACUAGUUGAAUGUUGUGAGGGAUUAGUAGAGAUUGUUGCAAGCGAAGAAAUAGCCUCAGAAGAAUCAGUAAGAAAUUUAAUUAUCUUCCCUAGCUUAACUGAGUUGAAACUAUUGGAAUUGCCAGAGCUCAAGUGCAUCUAUUCAGGAGUGAACAAUAUGGAAUGGCCAAAGUUAAGAGAAUUGAUUGUAUAUCAAUGUGGUCACCUAACGAAUAUUGGAGUGGAGGGUCUUGAUUAUUUUUCGCUUAUAAUGGAAGCCAAUAUAACAUUAGAAGAGGUUUUUCCCAACCUUGACCAUGUGUCGCUUUGCAAGGAAGACAUUGUGCAGAUUCAGCAAGCACCAUUUCCUGCAAAGCUUCUUCAGAGAGCAAAAUUCCUCAAACUGCUAGGCUUUUGUGAUGAUUCAGACGUAUUACCAUAUGGAUUCUUAGAAAGGGAAUCACUUCCCCAUGUUGAAGGGUUUGCAGUGUCUCGUUGUAAUUUCAGACAGAUAUUUACCUCUGAAAUAUCAGAUCUGGAUGGCUGUGCUAAUGAGUUCUUUUCACAGCUAAAAACUUUGGAACUGAUUUCUCUGUCGAAUCUCAGUUCUAUUGGAUUAGAGCACACCUCCCUACCUGAAAACCUUGAAAUCUUGAAAGUGAGAUACUGUCACAGUUUGAUUAGCUUGGCUCCAUCCACUGUGUCUUUCACAAAUCUAAGGGGUCUUGAUGUGAAUUAUUGA